CUGUUAACCUGUUUUUAUUUGGAUGUAAUAGUUACUUAUUCAGUGCCGGACUGCUAUCUAUCAUUCCUGGAAGCGACAACUUCCUGCAACACAGCAAACGAUUGCCCUUCUGGCGCCUGUGUCUACAGUAUCAAUCAAAUGAAAAGAGUCUGCUGUGAACCGAAGAAAGGCAGCAUCCAGCCAAACGCACCCGGUAUUAAAAAGCUGUGCAUGGACCCGGGUGGGAUCAGAACCCGGGCAUGUGGGUUGGUGUGA